AUGGAUUUGUUUCUUCAAGGCACAAACAUUGAAGAUUUGGAUAUCUAUAAAUCUGGACUAUGUGAGAUAGGAAUGGAGGUUGACACCAGUGGAAAGUGGUUGAGACUGACUAUGUUAAAACUAGAUGAUAAAAAACUGACAGGCUCCAUUUUGCCUCACUUCAGAAAUCUGAGCUUUCUUAAGUGUGGAGUCGAUGCAAAUGCAAGUGAUCGGGUCUUGCUUCAAUCAUAUAGGCCUUCUCUACACACAAAUGUUGAUUGUAAUGCACUCGUUGCUGCCGUUGUGUCUAGGCAGAUCUCUGUCGUCCGUCUGUUGCUUCACGCUGGUGCCAGAACAGACAUCAAAGUUCAACUGGGGGCAUGGUCAUGGGAUACAGUUUCAGGCGAAGAGUUUCGAGUGGGUGCAGGACUAGCAGAGCCCUACCCCAUCACCUGGUGCGCUGUGGAGUAUUUUGAGCACACUGGUACUAUCCUGCGCAUGCUCCUCCAACAAGUCUCAUCCGAUGCCGCUCACCUUGGAAGAAACCUCCUCCACCAUGCCAUUCUCUGCGGCAAUGCUGGAGCUGUCAACGUGCUUUUGAAUUGCGGUGCAAAUGUAGAAUCUCCUGUUAAAACAACCCAGAAAACUGAGUUCCAUCCAAUACACAUGGCUGCCCGUCUUGGAUACUCAACUGUGCUCCAGUGCCUAAUUGACUAUGGCUGUGAUAUGAACUCGAGGACAGAUACAGGUGAUAGUGCUCUGAUGAUCUCUGCAAAACAUAAGAGGGAUGAAUGUAUCAAAGUAUUGGCCAUAGCUGGUGCUGAUUUUGGUUUGGUGAAUAUAGCAGGUCAGUCUGUGUAUUCAAUCGCAGGGUCGAACCAAUGGCCUCUUUGUUUUCAACAAGCCGUGCUAGAUGUAAUUAGGGCUGGAAAGGUUCCGAAAUCAAGUAACGUGCCAAUUUUUUCACCUUUAAUGUUUGUAGCUCGAUUGGGUGAUAUUCAAGCCUUGGAAGCCCUAAUUGGGCGAUCAGAAAUCGAUCUUGAUUAUCAGGAUGAUAGGGGUUUCUCUGCAGUCAUGGUUACCGCUAUGGAAGGUCAUGUUGAAGCUUUCCGGUUGCUUGUAUAUGCUGGGGCUGAUGUUAAGCUGUGCAACAAAUCUGGUGAGACUGCUAUUACCUUAUCCGAAUUCAACAAAAAUCGCGAUCUAUUUGAGAAAGUAAUGCUCGAAUUCGCUCUUGAAAAGGGUAACCGCAAUGGUGGAGGUUUUUACGCCCUACAUUGUGCAGCCCGCCGUGGAGACUUAGACGCAGUGAGAUUAUUGAUGCACAAGGGUUAUGAUGUAAAUGUCCCUGAUGGGGAUGGCUACACGCCACUCAUGUUGGCAGCAAGGGAAGGCCAUGGAAGCACUUGUCGGCUCUUGAUUAAAUCAGGAGCACGAUGUGACUUGAAGAAUGUUAAGGGCGAAACUGCAGUCUCACUUGCAAGGAACAAUGGCAGUCAUGAUGCAGUACCGGUGAUACUCGAUGAGCUUGCUCGGAAACUGGUGUUGAGUGGCGCUAUCGUGAUGAAGCAUACAAAAGGGGGAAAAGGAGCUCCGCAUAGUAAAGUUCUUCAAAUGAUGGAGGCUACCGGGGUAUUGAGGUGGGGGAAUUCAAGCCGGAGGAACGUGAUAUGCCGAGAGAUUGAGGUGGGACCGAGCUUGAAUUUUAAGAGGCUGAGGCAGAGGAAGGGGGAUGCGGAUGAAGCUGGAGUGUUUCGGGUGGUGACUACGAAGAACAAGGAAGUGCAUUUUGUGUGCGAGGGUGGGUUUGAGACGGCGGAGAUGUGGGUGAGGGGGAUACAGCUUGUGACAAGGGAAGCUGUUUCUGGUAAGAAGUAGAGGGAAGGGAAGCAUAAUGGAGAGACGGUAUGACUAGGAAUCUAGUAUAUUUAUCCCCCCAAAAAAGGAGACUAGGAAUCGAGCUUGCAUAGAUGUUUGGGGAAGUACUUUUUUGUCUCCAAGUGCUUGGAACUAUUUCCUGUUUUCACUGUACAAAUUUUGACAACCCUAGUUGUAAAUAUAUAUGUACUUUGGAAGUGAAAGCAUGUGUUUUCGUAAAAUAUUAUGACCUUGUUUGGAU